AUGCAAAUAAUACCGAAAGCAGCGAUGAGCCAUCUUGGAGAAUCCUGGAUCUCCAACACCUCUUCUUUGGGUUUCGUCGUUUCGGACUACUCCGUCUUGGGCUUGACGAUUGGUCUGCUGCUAAUCGAUCUCUCUCCAGUUUCACUUGCUCUACUUUCGGCGUCGGCAGCUAGAAAAUGUCGAACAACACAAGCCCUGGCGUUGGUUUGGCGAUUCGAUGCCGCAGAUCCUUUUCUCCAUCGGAGCUGGUUGCGAUGCCUUGACCACGUGGUCACGUGUCGUAACCCACCGUCACGUCAAGCAUGA